GUUAAUGGUAAGGUAUGUGAAUUACGCAUUUUGGCAUUGCAAUAGUUUAAGAAAUUUAAAGUAUCUAUACUGCAUUUCGGUAAUUUAUGCUGCCUGUAUUUCUUCCUUGCUAGGAAAUUGGUGUGGUUCAUAGACGAUGGCACCUUUGGAGGAGGGUGUAUGUUUGGACCAAGGGAACAAGCAGUUUGCAGUGGUUGAAAAUCCGGCCUUCUGGAAUUGGACAUUUACUUUGAAGGAUAUAAAUGGGGAAGUACCGGGUGAGAUAGAUCACGAUUGGAGAGGCUUUGGUUUUGAGGUUUGCUCUUUUCCUUUUAGGAUGUUACAUAUUCAAAUGUUGCAUGAACCGCCCUUGGCAUCAAGUGGCGGCGUUAGCGAUACCAUCAUUAUUAUACAAAUUGCAUCUCACACGCAAAGCAGAGCAAAUCCUCAAUCGAACUUCUGA